CCGGGCCAGCAGGGGGCGUCGUGUCAUUUUUUGUGCUUUGCAUCUUCGCCGGGCGGGAUUUCCGCAAUAAUAUCAAGUAUGGCGAAAACAUACGACUAUUUGUUUAAAUUACUGCUAAUCGGGGACUCUGGUGUCGGGAAGACCUGUGUCCUCUUCAGGUUUUCAGAAGACGCCUUCAACUCAACGUUUAUCUCAACAAUAGGUAUUGAUUUCAAGAUUAGGACAAUAGAGCUUGAUGGCAAGAAGAUAAAGUUACAGAUAUGGGACACAGCUGGUCAGGAACGUUUCAGAACAAUCACAACGGCCUACUACAGAGGAGCAAUGGGGAUCAUGCUUGUCUACGACAUCACAAAUGAGAAAUCAUUUGACAAUAUCAAGAACUGGAUAAGGAACAUAGAGGAACAUGCGUCAUCCGAUGUCGAGAAGAUGGUUCUUGGCAAUAAAUGCGACAUCAACGACAAGAGGCAGGUUUCCAAAGAUAGGGGAGAGAAGCUUGCACUAGAGUAUGGGAUCAAGUUCAUGGAGACCAGUGCAAAGGCCAACAUCAAUGUGGAAAAUGCGUUUUUGACUCUUGCCAGAGACAUCAAAUCAAAGAUGGACACAAAAAUGGAAGGCAACGCCCCUCAGGGCAGCAGUCAUGGAGUCAAGAUCUCCGAGCCACAGAAAAAAACCAGUUUCUUUCGCUGCAGCUUGCUCUGAGAACAGAAGCCUUCCAUGCUGGCCUCAGGCCGGCCGGACACAACUUGACUGUGCUUGCUCUCAGCACUUCCUCCUCUCUUUUUUUCUUCUUCUUUUUUUUUUUUUUUUUGCUUAUUCUACCCAACCAUGGCCUCUCCCGGUUCUCCCGGUCUGCAAAAACCACUAUUGUCAGUAAGCGGAGGACUUCCCCUCCACUCUUCCUUUUCUGAAGGCUUCCAGAGGUGCGUCGCUUCCAUUAUUAGAGGAAAACUUGUCUUUACUUUUCAAGAGUUUUUAACUGACAAAGGACUCAUCACUGAUGUGUUUUCUGUUACAAAAUCGGGGGCUUCUUGUAUUUCUCUCAGUCGGUAGCACAGCCAGCAGCAGAAGAUACUUGCCUCAUUAUAAUGUUUUUGAAUUGGAAAUCAAAUGUGGUAUUUUGGUCUACUUUUAAUAGCACUCUUUAGGUGUUUGUGUUACACGUUGCUGAGCAGAGGCUUAUGGUUCUGAACUUCAGUGAAACAGAGUUGCACUUUUUUCAUAUCAGCAGCUGAAGUCAUAUCAAGGUGUAUAAAGUCCAUUCAAAAUUAUUCAGAAAGUUUUGUUCUUGUUUGUUGUUCUUGACAAUCAUCCGAUGAGACUAAAAAUGUCCUGAUCACUGCCUCCAAGCUAUUUUUGCAGUAGCAUUCAAGUGUAGGUAAAAUAUCAUUCUGUGUUUUCUCAGUCCUGCUUUCCAAAUUUAGAUAAAAAAAAGAGGUGGCAUAUUUUUGUAAAAGGGUCUUUAAAGUGGCAACUUGUAUUAGUGGUAGAGAUGGACUAUGAGACUUUUCCUGGUUGAAAGAACCUUUUCUUUAUGCUAAUUUCUUGCUAUAAAGGCAUAAAAAGGUGAAAUGGUUCCAUAGGUUCCUUGAUAGAUGUUGCAGUUUUGAUUCUAACAGAAAAUGAAGGACUUACGAGAUUAUUCCCAUCAAAGCAUAAGCAACAAACCCUCUGUUGAUUUUUGUUGAACUGAAAAUGAAUUGUUUUGAAGCAUAUGCUAUUGGUUGAUGCAUUUAUACACUGAAGACAGUGAGAUUUCACAUUUUAUAACACAUUUAAUCAAUAAAAAAAAUAGUUAUUUGAUAUUCUAAUGAAAGAAAAAUUGACUUAUUCCAGGUCUUGUCAGAUUGGUUGUUGCAUUUAUAUAUCGUUAAAUCUUUGGAAAUAACUGAAGAGGCCAAUAGUAAUAAACUGUUAUAUGAUAAAUAAACAUUCGGUUUGUCAGAUUGGGUUGCGUUAUCAUCUGUGUUUGACAGCCACACAGGCAUGUGGGCCUGGUGUUUACCCAAAACCAAGUAUUUUCAGAAACUCUUUAAGAUUAAGCCCUAAAAUGUUAUCAGUCAGAACAGACAGAUUCUGAGGCCCAAAAUAUAGAAACCAGAUUAAAUUUUUACCACCACAGGUUAAAUCUCCCUAUAUUAAAAUGUUUCUUCAUAGUGGUUUGGGCGUAACUGGUUGAAGGAUGGAUUGCCAUGAACAUAAAUGGAAAAAUUAAGUAUUUAAAUUUGUAGAAAUACCCCUAGUUUUUAAAAAAACAAAUAACAGAAAUAGAGUAUUUAUUCAUUAGGUUUUCUAGGAGACGGAUAGAUGAUGCCGCUUUAUUUACUUCCUGUUUGGAAUCAGACGUUUGUGCUUCAUUUGUCCUCAGAUGUCAAAACUCUCAUUAUAUUCUACAGAAAAAUAUGGAGCUGUGUUGAACAUUUGCACUAGUUUUUCAGCUGUAAUCUGUCACCUUGAAGCGUUUGCUUCCUUGUAAUUUCUGUAAACUGAUGUAAAUCCAGUAUGUAGGCAUAGAAUAGAGGAGUUUUAAGCUAAAGCCUGCCACUUUGUUCUUUAAAAGUCUGUGCUCUGCUCAAGUCAAAACGGGCUUGAAUUAAGCUCAUUUCAGGUGUUUUCCACAUUGUUUAGUUUUGAUGUUUAAUAGCUAGGUGGCGCUGUAGAAACAGUUUGCUUCUUUUAGCUAAACCACCUAAAUGCAAAUUUGAGUCAGUAUUUACAUAAAUUCAGAAAAAAAGGAGGCCAAAGUUAAUUGAAAUGCUUUUCUCCUGCUUACCUCAUGUUGGCAUUCUUAUGUUAGUUGUUUUUCUGGAAACUCCACAGCGUUCAGAAAGGCAUUUUUAUGGUUUGGUUGUAGCUUCUCUUUUUUUUUUUUUAAGUAUCAAAGAAAGAUUUGGGACCUCAUGAUUACUAGGACCAUUUGUCUUAAACGUCAGAUCUUAUAGCUGAGCUAUGCAUUGUGAAUCUUGGACCUUUGUAUAUCAUAAACCCUUACAAAUGAAUUUAUUUGCUUUGUUACAUUUAAUGUGUUUUUGUCACU